GCUGGUAAGUGACUUAACACUUUUACACACUGAACUGGUCCUGAGAACUGAGAUGUCUUCUUUGUAAGUGAAGAAUAUACAACAUAAUCUUGAAGAACUGCACAGUGUGAUAAUGAGCCAAAGGCAUACUGUGUGUGUGUAAUGGACUGACAAGAUUAAUCUUGCUGAAGGAUUUUCCACCUUUUGUUUCUAUUUGCUAGUUUUAGUCAAUAUUUUGCUGGCUUAGAUUGUUACCUUUUUCUAGUUUCUUCUGUUCUAAUCUAAUGGGUCCCAGAAAUCCCUCUCCUGACCCCUUAUCAGAAUCAGAAAGUGAAGGAGAAGAAAACGCUAACUACCUAAAUGAGAGUUCUGGGCAAGAGUGGGAUUCCUCUGAAGAAGAAGACCCUGUGGUGCCCAACCUCACACCUCUCGAGAGUCUUGCCUGGCAGGUUAAGUGCCUUUUAAAAUACUCUACAACUUGGAAACCUUUAAAUCCUAAUUCCUGGUUAUAUCAUGCUAAACUCUUGGAUCCAAGCACACCAGUCCAUAUACUUCGAGAAAUAGGUCUAAGACUCUCCCAUUGCUCCCAUUGUGUACCCAAACUGGAACCCAUUCCUGAAUGGCCUCCUCUGGCUUCUUGUGGAGUCCCACCUUUUCAAAAGCCCCUUACAAAUGCCAGUCGGCUUUCUAGAGAUCAUGCCACUCUUAAUGGAGCACUGCAGUUUGCCACCAAACAGCUAAGCCGAACAUUGAGUAGGGCCACUCCUAUACCUGAAUACCUAAAACAGAUCCCUAAUUCAUGUGUUUCUGGUUGUUGCUGUGGCUGGUUAACUAAAACAGUUAAGGAAACAACCCGCACUGAGCCCAUCAACACUACAUACUCGUACACUGACUUCCAGAAGGCAGUUAACAAACUCUUAACCACAUCACUCUAAAGACCCACCAUUUAUUCUGAUCUCUCUUGUAUUGCUGAUUGAGGAAGGAAGUACAAAGUCACACAUACCACAGUUGAGAAACAAAUGCCUUUUCAACCGAACCAUGCCCUGUCCUAACAAGCCCGUAAGUACUACCAAGUAUAGUGGUCCCAUAACUCAGCUAUAGAAAAUGCAUGGUGAGCUUGCCCUUUGACAGACCCUGUGGAUAAAAAGAACUUCAGUAGAAAAUUAGACCAAAGGGACCAUAUUACAAAAGUGAGUAGACUCUUGUCCACACUCAGUUCCCCCACCAGUUUGUUCUGCCUCACUGAAUGGACUCUUGACCAGAUGUCUCAUUGUGAACAGGAAGGAAGAAGUAGUAGCUCCCUAUCCCUUUUGUUACCUAACCUUCAGACUAGCCGGUAGGGAAAGAAGGAACUUAGCUACUCCCAAUAACACUUCUCUGAGCAUACUCUUUUCUAACAUUAGUGUCUGUGAGACAGUUGCAUGAAUUUGAAUUCCCUAGACAAAAGAAAAUGGUGGGGCUAUGGAUUUAUUUCCCAGCUUUUAUACAGAUAGGCUAUAUAUGGCACCUUUUAGGGUUCCUAUUUUGCGGGGAGGGAGUGCAGUUUCAAACCUAGGCUGCAUUUCUUCAGGCCUGUUACAUAGUACCUGCAGUUACAGUAUAAACCUUUAUAUCAUAGGUUCCCACCACACUAUCUCUAGCUACAUUGGCCUAAAAAUUGCAUCCAGGGAUUAAACAGACACCUGUUCUGCAAGGAAUAGAUUUCCCGCAUCUGGCAUUCAGACUUUAGUCAAUAGCACAUCACAUUCUAAAAGAUCAAUGGGAAAAGGAUUAAGGGCAUUUAUGCUUUCAAUAUUAACUGCUAGUGAAUUAAAAUAUUUCAUCUGUAUAAUGUUCUCAGCAGUACUUUAUGCACUGUUUACAUCCAUAGAAAUUUCAGGAAGUCUAACUUUAAAGAACUUACCACUAUAGUAUAUCUGUCAGAAGUUGGAGUUUUAGCUUUAUUGUCUUUCUACAUAGAUCAGCUUCAGAUUUUCUUCUAGCUGAAUAAGGAAGAGAAAUGUACCCUUGUAAAUGAAUCUUGAUGCAUUUAUUUAAUUGAAUCAAAACAUAGAAAUUAUACAUAAAAGAAGAUGUAUGGGACCAAUAAAUCUUUUCACACGUCUGCCAUAGAAUAAAACCUGUGUGUGUGAUCCUGGCUGACUGGGCAUCUAAAAGGAUUUAGAAAAUAGAUUGUUAAAGAUCCUAAAUCCUUUCAUUUUACUUUUACUUUUUCCUAUUCUCCAUAAUUAAGUGCUGUGUAUGAUGUGGCAUGAAAAAAAAUGGAAGCAUUAUGAAAUCACAAAUUCUAUACAUGUAUGGCAACUUUAAGGAGAGAGGAGAAUGUUUAUAAUCCAAUAUAUAUUUCUACUGAGCCUUAGUUCUCAUGUCUUAAGGAAAAAAGAGGGACUUGUAGUAGGUAGAAAAGAUAUUUGUUAAUGGAAAAUUACUGAAAAACCGUAUCAUACUGUUAGUGUAACUGAAUGUAUCAGAAACUGUUCCUAUGUAUAGAUGUUCUGUGAAAUUGGGUUUUUAAAGUGUUAUAAGAACCUGUUCCCUUUUUUUUUAAGGGGGAGGGGGGAAGAGGUAGGGAGGUCUGAAAAUUAAAAUAUAUUGAUGUUUAUGUAACCAUAACAUGUUCCUUUUUCUGUGUGUGUAUAUAAAAGUGCCUUGCCAUGAAGCGUUUUUGCUAUUCACUCUGAAAGGAAGCCUUUCCCCAGCUCUGCAGCUGAAUAAACCAACAGCUUUGUACAUGC